GUCCUUUGGGCGUUGGGCGUGCAGGGGCAGUGUGGGCGGGCGCACGUAGGCGGCAGGCGGGUGCGCAGGCGCAGUGGGCAAUGAGCGCCGAAAGCGCAGGAGCAAGUGCCCCGGGGCGGAGGGCGCACGUGGCCCGUGGACGGCGGGCGCACAGGCGUAGUGGGCGAUAGGCGCUGAAUGCGCAGGCGCAGGUGGGCGGCAGGCAGGCGCGCAGGCGCAGUGGGCAGCGGGCGCACGUGGUAGGCGGGGCCUCAGACGCCGCGGGCGAGAUGGGGCCGUUACGCUGGCAGGUGGUGGCCGCUGUUGUCGGAGGCCUAGCGCUGGCCCUGGAGGCGCUACCCGCUGUGCUGCGCUGGCUGUGGGCCGGGCGGCGGGCGCCGCCGCGGCGCGAGGUGCUGUUCUUCCCGUCGCAGGUGACGUGCACCGAGGCCCUGUUGCGGGUCCCGGGCGCCGCGCCCUCGGGCUGCCCUUGCAACCUGCCCCACGGCGAGAGCUCGCUGAGCCGCCUGUUGCGCGCCCUGCUGGCAGCCCGCGCCAGCCUCGAGCUCUGCCUGUUCGCCUUCUCCAGCCCGCAGCUGGGCCGCGCGGUGCAGCUGCUGCACCAGCGCGGGGUGCGCGUCCGCGUGGUCACCGACUGCGACUACAUGGCCCUCAAUGGCUCACAGAUUGGGCUGCUCCGCAAGGCAGGGGCUCCACCUGGAAGCUGCUGUCUCCUCUCACUGCCCUCACACCCCGGGACACUGGAGGGUCCUAGCGCUGCCCUCUCGCACGCUGUGGUUCAACGUGGACUCUUGGUUAACACAUAGCUGCAAGGUCUUAGUUUGAUUUGAGGGCUUUAGAAUAAAGAUAAGGGUCAAAAUUCUUCCUACAGAAACACUAAGGUGUCUUUAGAGACUAGCUGCUUCCUUGGAGAGUAUAUGUGUUUAAGAAACAAUCUAAUUUUUAAGCCAGUAAGUAAUCCCUGGGAGGGAUCAAUCAAAGUUCCUCCGUAACCACGGUGCAGAGUCGUGAGAAAGAGCACCAGCCUUCAGCUAUCAGAAGAGGGGCCCUCAGGCCAAGACCCCAGUCUCCCUGACCUGGGCAAAAAUCUGCACAAGUAACAGCUGUCAGCCGGGCCCCAAGAGAGCGGUUUGGUUGUAAUUUCUGCGUGUCUCACAGGGCCCAACAAGAAUAGGCACAGGACAGAGGACGCCGCCCACAGCAGGCAGCGUCCAAGCCCCAGCCUGCAUCACCGCCGGGGCAGAGCCUGCCCCCAGUGUCAGCCCAGGGCUUUCCUCCCUCCCGGGUUCGUGCCGAUGGGCGUGAGAGCCAGUCUGGGCCUUGUCUGAGUUUCCUGCUGCGCAGACGCGCUGGGUGUUGUGGGAAGCGGCCGGGAAGUUACUUUCAACGCGGCACUGGUAUGCGCCGGCCGCACGGGGACUGUGUGGCACUUUCCAACAGCCCUUGAAGCUUCCUUGGGAUCCAGAAUGGCCUUCAAAAGGUUUGGACUGACUUGGGAACAGAGCAGUGGAAACGGCCUGGCAGACACUAACGGCCCGCCUGCUUGUCGCAGCAGCGCCGGGCUGCCCUCAGCACUGGACGCACUGCCGGCUCACAGCUGGAGGACGGGGCUGGGGACCGAGGGCACGGGAAGAGCCUGGCGUCUACUGGAUGCAGCUCAAGGGAUGGCGAGAAGCCCAAGAGGACGAAGCCCAGAGCCCAGGCUGCCCUGAUGGCUCCACACAGCCCAACGCCCCAGGGCCCGAAACGUCACCUUGAUGGGCCAGGGCCUGGGAAUCCUGUCUACCAAGGUGGGUGUGAAACGGGGUUGGGGUGUGGUGUGGUGGGAAGGUCACUUCUCAAAACCCCUGGAGCAAAUAAGGCUGUGCUCCCUGUAAGAGCAGCCGUUCCCACGCAAGGUUCCCACCAGACGUCUGUCCCCGCAGAACUGGGGCGGGGAGUGGCCCUCAACACCCCACUGCAAACAUUCUAGCCUUUGGGAAGCCCAACUCUGCUCUCCUAGGACAGCAGAAAGGAGAGGACCCUCGCCAGGUCCAGGUCUGCACAGCCUGGAGGUGGGGGCAGUGGGGGAGCUUCCCCACCACCCUGCCUUGCCAGGCCCCGCUGGGACCCCACCGCAGCCAGUGGAAGGUCAGGCGGGGAACAGCCCAUCAGCUCCUUCUGCCGUUCGGUGACUUGGAGCCAAGAACCGUGUCCCAGCUCCGCCUGCACUGGACGCCCCCCGACCGCUCUGCUUCGAAACCUUGAGGCUCUCAAAGUCCCUCUGGCG